ACCUAAAUACUUCCUUAAUUAUAUUUUUCUCUCAUCUUCAACAAAAAAACCUCUAAUGGAGACCAUCAUAUUAUUAAUCACCACUUUUUUUAGUAAACAAAGCAUCGUAGAAUAAUUCAUUACAAUCCUCGAUAUAUUGAGUUCUACAAUAACUAGGGGGUGUGGGAAAAACCCUCGCUACAUUACAAACCAUAUUUAUAGUUCUAUCUAUCUUAGCUAGUCCAUCUGCCAAAAUGGUUAUAUUUCCAUUUUCAUUUCACCAUUUUUACAUGAUGUCAAUCACCAUUUUCAUUUCCAUCAUAUUGUUUUACCUCAUCCAACGGUUGAGAUUUAAACUUCCACCAGGCCCAAAGCCAUGGCCCAUUAUAGGCAACCUCUUUGGAAUAAGAAAAGGCCUAUUUAAGAGCUAUAAUGAUUGGGCCCGAACAUACGGCCCAAUUAUCUCGAUUUGGCUCGGCUCGAACUUAAACGUCGUCGUUUCGAACUCGGAGUUAGCCAAACAAGUGUUGAAAGAGCAUGAUCAUGUGUUGGCUGACAGAUUUAGGUUGAAAAUAAAUAAUACCAGCUCAAAUGGGCAGGAUCUUAUAUGGGCUGAUUAUGGGCCUCAUUAUGUUAAAGUGAGAAAGAUGUGCACUUUGGAGUUAUUUAGUGCUAAAAAAAUUGAAGGUUUGAGACCUGUUAGAGAAGAUGAAGUUUCUGCUAUGGUUGACUCCAUUUAUAAACAUUUUAGCAACAAUUGUGAUGAUAAGUUGGGGAGCGUCAUAGUGCUAAGGAAGUACUUGGGAGGAGUGUCUCUCAACACAAUCACAAGGAUAGUACUUGGGAAGAGGUUUGUAGACUCCAAGGGUGACUUGGAUGAAUUAGGCCAAGAGUUCAAGGCUAUAGUCGCUGGUGGAAGGAAUCUUGUCAGGAUGAGUUUUAUGGACGAAUAUAUUCCAUUGCUACGGUGGCUUUCGCCGUCGCGCGAUCACAAGUUUAAGAAGCACCGGGAUCGAGUCAACCGGCUCACGGAGCAAAUCAUGGAGGAGCACACCAAGGCUCGGCUAGAGAGUGGUGAGGACAAGGAACAUUUCGUUGAUGCUCUAUUAAGUCUCAAGGACCAUUAUGAACUAAGCAAUGAGACUGUUGUUGGACUCCUUUGGAACUUGAUAAUUGCCGGCACGGACACGACAGCUAUUAUGGUUGAGUGGGCCAUGGCAGAGUUACUAAGAAACACAAGAGUUCUACAGAAGGCCCAAGAAGAGUUGGACCAAGUUAUUGGGCUUGAUAGGGUAAUGACUGAAAAUGACAUAUCUGCCCUUCCUUACUUGCAAGCUAUAGUAAAGGAGGCCUUAAGGUUACACCCUGCAGCCCCUUUACUGAUGCCUCAUAAGGCCAGGACCCAUGUUAAGAUUGGUGGGUAUGACAUCCCCAAGGGUACAACCAUCCAUGUUAAUGCUUGGGCCAUAGGUCGUGACGCGGAUAAUUGGCCUAACCCGCUCCAAUUCCGACCCGAAAGAUUCUUAGAGUCAGAUAUCGAUUUUAAAGGAAGUGAUUUUAGGUUAUUGCCGUUUGGAGCCGGUAGACGGGUCUGUAUUGGAGCUCAAGUGGGUGUAAAGUUGAUAACAACUAUGUUAGGUCGUCUUUUGCACCAAUUUAAUUGGUGUCUACCUGAAGGAGUUAAGGCUAAGGAUAUUAACAUGUUAGAAAAUGAUUCGGUAUUUGUGACUUAUAUGGAUACACCUUUAAGAGUUCAACCUAUUCCAAGAUUGCCUCCACACUUAUAUAAAUGGAUUCCUUAUGAAGUUGCGUGAUUUUAUUUUCCUAUGUUUUUAACUAAUGAUGAUGUACGUUUGUUUUUUAGAAAUUGAUUUAAGUAUUGAAUGAAAUUGUAAAUUUUAAAUUUUUAGAGUUAUAGUUACUUGGGUUUAUAAAUUUUAUGUCUAGAUUUAACAGAUUCGUAUCUUUUAAUGUAAUAUAGUAUUCUAAAUUUUGGA